CAGUGUAUUUCGAUUGUUGAACGAUUGGCACGAAGUAUAUAGUGAACAUGGCAAGGAUGAUCAAAUAUUGAGAUUGUUUUGUGCAUAUCCAUUAAUUAAGCUGCGGAUUGUCUUCAAAUGUAUUAAAUUGAUAUACAAAGACAUACUGUGGUCAGGGUAAACGUUUGGCCUUUGAAACAAAUCAGAUGUGUAUAUGACAAUGAAUAACGAAUGAACCGUGAGUGCUUUUUGAAAUGAGUUCAAAUUUUAUAUCUCAAUCACGACACAAAUAAUACGUACAAACACGUCAAGGACACAGUUCGAGUUGAAGCUUAGCUCAGUCAGCGUGGCGUGGCGGGAAUCACACUGGCAGUGGGAAGACUGUCUCUUCUUAUCGAAAGAAUCUAUUUGAUUUAUCACCGCGUGACCAAAUCAACAUCGUAUUAAAUUACAACUGAAAUCUUUUUAUUUCACCUGAUUAACACACACACACAGCUACGAGAGUGCAAUAGUACAGUUCUAAACAAGGCAACCAGCCUAACUUCUCCAUGGCUAACGAGGAAAUUUCCAAUUAUUCGGACCUCACGGCGGGUCAUUAUGAAGGUCGUAUAUUCAAGCGUGAACCAAAUCAUAAAUGGCAACCAUUUUGGUGUGUGCUGUACGGCCGUCAGCUGACCUUCUACGAAGACGAGAAGAAAAGCUAUAUUAUAGGACAGAUAGAAAUUCAACCAGGAAGCAGUUGCGAUAAAGCUCGAUCCAGCAUAAGGAUUCCUACGAUUGCCAAUUUGUUUCACAGGGACCAUUGGAAGCGAAAGAAACACUUAUUGAAGCUCAAGACAAAGAAGGGAACGCAUCUAUUCACCUACGAGAACGUGAACGAACAAACACGAUGGCAUAUAGCAAUGAACAACGCAUCGCAAAUAAACCAAAAAGGCGUACGGCUAUCGUGGAUACCAACGCCAUUCUCUGCAAUGACUACAGUCGAGGAUAUAAAAGACAAAAGACAAAGCCUAACACGGACACACCGACCAGCAACCAAGCUGGACUGGAAUUCUAACAGCGAAAACGACAUCGAAGACGGUCAUGUAAUAAUCCAACCCUCGAACAAAGCAACUAAGGUUAAGUGCAAACAUGAAGAAUUUCAGAGUUUGAUUUCCAAAUCGCAAACGAGGGAUAGCCCACACGCGUAUACGAAUCCUAACUUACAGAAGGAAAUGGUUACAACUUUAUGAUGUCAUCACUAAUUUGUUAUGAUCUAUAAUGUUUCAAAUACCAGCGGAAGCAAUAUUUGAUUUCAUCUUUGAACCAGACUUGAACCAUACAAUAUAUAAAGAUAUACACUUUGUACAUAUGAUUCAUUCUUUCACAAAACUUCUACUCAAAUACUGAAGAACAAUUUACAUUCUUCGUUUCUGUGUAGUAUAUUUAAUGUAAUUAAUAGCAUCGCAUAUAUCCUUAUUAAAUUGUCUAUUUCACUAUGGUAAAGCCAAA